ACUUUAUUUGUUUUCCAAUUUAAAAUGGCGUCGACGCCCUUCUUCUUCUUCUUGGGCAGUGUUUUGUCUUUAGCCUGGUUUACCACAGACGUUCACUCAGAGAAGGUACUUUUGGGGUUAAAGGGCUCCAGCGUUGUCCUCAGUCCAGAUGAUGCAGGAACGUCCAUCACCAGCAUAACAUGGAAACAUGGAGAUCGUUUUGUUGCAGUGUGGGCUGGAGAGAAACCAACUUUUUACUUCAGAUGUAACGAUCUCUGCAGUUUAAACACUAAAACGGGGAAUCUCACGGUCAAUGAUGUAAAGAUAGAGGACAGCGGCGAGUACACGCCAGAGAUUAACGGAAAAAUCCUAUCUGCUAUGAAACUACAAGUUCUCUCUCCAGUCCCCAAACCCAGAAUUACUCAUGACUGUAAUCCUGAGGAAACCAAAUGUACCCUCACCUGUAGCUUUGACAGAACUGAUGAUCUGGGAGAUGUGGAGGUUUUCUGGAUUCUAGAUGACAGACGGGAAAAAGGCACAGAGCUACAGAUCACUAAGGACACAAAGGAGGAGACGUUUAUCUGCAGCCUGAAAAAUCCUGUCAGCUCUGAGAACAGCACAGAACUGAAGAACCCUCUCUUUUCUGGAGUAACAAGUCUUAACUAUCCACUGAUUGUUCCAAUUGCACUGAUUGAGGUUGGACUGAUUUGGAUUUUCCACGUCAUAAUUCGUCCGAAGAUUUUAAGGUUUUUCAGAGGAAGGAAUGAACAGAGGUCUUCUGCAGCAGAAGAGCAAAAAGGUCUGAAUGAUGAGAGCAACACUGUAGUUUGGAAACAAACUGAAAUGAAUGGAGUCACAGAAAACACUAGAGAGGAAAGACAAAACAAUCGACCUCCAACCAUCAUAACACCACCAGGAGGUUCUGACAUCAAUGGCAGACCCAGAACCAGAGAUCCAGCUGAAGACCCUCUGAACUCGUCUUCAUCAAGUUCUGAAGAUGAAAAAGAAGUGUGACCUGCUGCUGAACAGGAAGUCGUUCAUGUUCAAACCAUUUUUAGUGAAUGUAGUUUAUUUAUCUGCACAUCUGCUGAAAAGCAGACCAACUUUGUAUGAAUCAGACAUUUUUCUUAGAUGACCCCCCCCCUUCCAUUGAUGUGUUCUCUCUACCAUGACAAAGGUGGAUAAAGGUGGAAAGAUUUCAUGUAAUCCACGGACACCAGUGAAGAUCACACAUCAUUGAAGAAAAAAGGUUCAGGGCACUGUCUAGUGGGUCUAGAUGACCCAACUCCCAACCUUUUUAGUGACACUUCCAAGAUGUAACUUGUAUUUGACAUGAAGGUCUUUUUUUAUACAAAAUUUAGAAAAAAAACACAAAAGUGUGAAACAUCUUUAUAACUUUGCACUGUUCUAUUUCUUUUUGUUGUCAAAUCUUCAGCCUUAGCAGCGACUGUGAUAGAGCCAUCAACCAUUGAUGUUGAGGUCAAAGGUCAAAAUUCCUGCCUUUUCCCAGUCCUUGUGUGACUGUAUAUCACUUAUGGCCUUAAAUGAAGGAACAAAAAGUGCCAUAAAUGUUUACAGGUCAGGAUUGACCUUCAUAAAGAAUCUUUGUAAUGCUACUUUGAAUGUUUGUACUUCUUAAAGGUUUUUAUAGUAUUUUUAAGGUUUGUGUCAAACUUUACUUGAAUGUUUCUAGACAAUAUUUGUCUAAUAACUUGUUGUAUUUAGUAGCAUUACUAAAACAAGUUGCAAUUAAGCAAUAUUUCACCUUUGCCUAUGUGCAAAGAAAACGACAUGUGCAAAUAGUAAAACAAAAAAUGAUGGUGUUGCUGCUUCUUACUUCUAAUAGAAAAAAAAGAUAUUGUAGGAAAGACUCAUUUAUAUUUCUUUGGUAUUUUAUUUUGAAAGUAGUAUAACUUUCUACAAGUCAUUUUUUCUGGUUUAGGCUGCACUUCAACAUAUAAGUCUGGUCCAUGGGUCAAAGUGUCCUUGGGCAAGAUUGCUUCUGGUUGGCUACUAUGUACUUAAUUGAUGAAAGGAUGCUGGCUUGGAUUUAAAAAAAGUUAUAGUUUUCUUCUCUGAGAUACAUUCAGAGGCUUUAACUUUUAUAUGACUUCAUUAUAGAAAAACAAGUGGGGAGCGGAGGUUCAACCCCUCCAACUGAACCCCUUCAUGCUGAAUGUCAAGCAGGGAGGCAUUUAUAAAGUCUUUGGUAUGACUCUCACUGGGUUUGAACCCUUCCAGUUACAGGGCAGACACUCUAACCUCAUGGCCACUGAGCUGGCUUCAGUCAAUGUUCAUUUGUUUGUUCAGGCCAAGUUAAAUUUUCAAGUUGCUUAUUGCAGAGACUCUUUCUCAUACGGUAUAAUAUGCUGAUAUCAUUUUGUUUCUUUGUAAACUACAGGUUCUCAAUUGCAUAACUGUAAAUUCCUGUACUUGAUCUAAAUGUUGUCAUCGUGUGAACCAUCAAUUUCUCAUUAAAAGCUUGCUGAGAACUGG